CAUCAGAGAUUUUGCGAGGGCUUUCUGAUGCUCAUACCGCAUGAGAAAUGCCCUCUCCGCGUAGCACAAAUUACACCUCUUUUGCUGUUCAUGCAAUACAGUUUUUAUGUAGAUUCCAAAAGUAGCAUCACGAGUUGUAUUCUUCCAGACCCAGACAUUUGAUACUACCGCGGGCGGCGGUACUAGUGAGGAGUCAAGAACAGAAACCAAAGCAAGAUGAAGAUCCACACCCGAAACCGCGAUCCAAAUUACCUUGUUAUGGCGUUCUCAAACGUUACAUUCUCAACUGUUACAUGAAUUCGUGAUGCAAGAAUGGCAAAAGUGAUAGGGGCGAUCUUGCGCGUCUUGCAUGACAGACUUGGCGCCCAUUAUCACCCUACUUGGCCCUCUGAGAAUUUGUCAUGCGAAGCAGCUUGAUGGUGUCGCUUCUGAAGGCAAUUUUGCAUGACAAACCAUGUAACAGUUGAGAAUGUAACGUUUGAGAACGCCAUACUUGUGCAAGAAAUGUUGUCCUACCAGGAGAAAGAUCCAUGCAAAUUUUGAUGAUGAUGAUGAUGAUGAAUGAAAGUUUUGGGACACUAGUCAGCUUUAGCCCCACGACCACUCAGUGUGCAUCCAUGCAAAUUUUGCGGAAUCAAUUUUUGUCGACGGGUCGUCGGUUUAAGAAUAAGGAUCAAUGUGCUGCCGCACCUUCGGCAAAUUGUUUCUGCCAAAGAAAAUACAUUUAAGCCACUCCAUUCUUGGACCAACAAAUGCAGUAACCGGAACAGUCGUUUUUUUUGAAGUCGUUACUACGUGCUUACCCUGCGUUACAAAUAAAAGAUACCUCUACAACUACAAGUACGAACUAAAUCCUGAAGCAGAGCUUUACUGUACUCCUUGCAAAAAUCGGACAAGUUUAUUUCCGAAGCUUAAAUCAUCAUUUCCUAAAUCAUCAUUUUUAUUUUUUAAAAUCAUCAUUUCCUAAGCCCAAAACUGCAAUCAUGACGGCGCACCACUGCAAGAGCAUCAACUUCGGUCGUCUUUGCGUCGCCGGCCUCUUGUGCGUGCAGACUCUCUUCCAGCACGUCGGGUUGUUCGAAGACCAAUAUUGCUUUGGUAGUUUUGUCUCCGCUCUGCAGCCACCGCGCCAUCGUCGUGGUAAUAAUAUCAAUCGUAGUCCACCUAGAGCUAGAGGUGCUUCGUCCAGCGCAAUAGUAAACCCGCCCGACAAUCCUUCUGCUGCUCCACCCGCCGCAACCGCUGCACCUGUUGUGGCUAGUACAACUGCGCCCGCAGCAGCUGAUGGGCAAGAACAGGAUAUGAGAGUAACAACCCCCCCUUUUCCCCCUCAUGUGUAUGUUGGCAUGAACAGUAAAUACAAACACAAGCACAGCGCGUGGAGGUGGAGCCAAUUCAUGGUAAAUGUGUGUCGUGCCGAAUGUAGUCCACCUGUUUCGGCUCCUUCCGGAAUCUGUCAUGCAAACUACGGCACCACGCAACAGGAGCGCUUGGAUUUGUUAUAAUUUUGGAUUGACAAAUGAGGGAGAGGGGGAGUUGUUGUGCUCUCCCAUACAGCAGGAUAAUUGCUGUCCCAUCUGUGGGGAAUCCAACAUCGCCGAAGUAAAAUUGACCCUAUGAAUUGCAAAAGCAUCGUACUAGUAUGAAUUGCAUUACAAAUUUCCUCAGCGUGAGAAAUGGAAUUUGUUAUGCUGAUUGACCUUAGGAAAAAGAUUUGUAAUGCAUAACCGCAAUUACUACGAGUGCGAUACUUUUGCACAGGAUAGACCCCGUGUUGCGCAAAAAGGUUCUGCGACUCCUUAUCGUGAGGAAAAAUCCCCCCUCCCCUUAUCGAAAAGGAACGCCUCAGAGAAUUUGUAAUGCUGAUUUGUGACCACAAAUCGGGUCUGUCUUGCAAGAAAGCGACGGCACGGGCUCCGCCCGAUUAUGCCGGCGAUUUGCAAUGCUGUUGGUCCUACAGCAUAGACGUUCCUCCUGCCAACUGCCUAGGCCAAAACCUCUCUACAUUGGCACGAUAUGGGCCUGCAGAGACAAAUUUGAUUUGUGUGCGCAAUUCCAGCGUCAGAAAUUUCGUUUCGAUGUGGGGAGGGGGGGGCUUUCACUUUGAUGCCCCUGCUGGAACGAGUGGAGGAGAAGGACGGAGCCAGGGAAACAGCUGCGGUGCCCGUUCUGCAGAAACGAAGACAUGUAUCCUGAGUAAAAACGUCGUCCCCACACCAGAGUCAAGAUGGGAAAUCUGCAAGACAAAUUAGCCAUCUUUGGUGGUUUCGCAUGACAAGUUUCUCCUCGUAGUGUAGUCCUGUUUAGGUAGUUCAGCAGCGUCACAGAUCUAGCGCAUGAUGCUGAUUAUAGCAUCGCAAAGUCCAAAACACGACCAGAAAAUGCUUCUCAUGCGCUUCCACGUGAGAAACUUUUUUGGCACGCAGAUUUGCAUUACAACUAUGUGUUAUGGCACUUCUGUGUCCGCCUGACUUACCCUCCCUGCGUGUCAAGCCAUCUGCGGCCUGGGGCAGAGGUGGGGGCAAAGUGUGCUGCAAUUCCUUUAGCAUUACAACUAUGGGUUGGGGGUGUUUUUACUCAGGAUAGCAAGAACGGGAUCACUCUCAAAGAGCUGGAGGACACACGUGCCUGGGCGGCGAUGCACGCGCAGCCCCCAGCUUGCGGUGCGCUGAUCAAUAGCAACGAUAUUCGUCACAUUACUCAGCCGAGCUUGCGCUGCGCCAUAGAGGCUGGAUGCCGUGACGCGAUUGCCAAACAAUUCCGAAGAAGCGCGCGUGUGCGUGAGAUAUGGCGUUCUCCAGUGUUACUACAUUCUCAGCUGUUCUAUCAUGAUUUCUUGUCACGCAAAAUCACAAUCAAGCUGCUUCGCAUGACAAGUUCUCGAAGAGCCAAGCAGGAUGAGAACCUCUACCAAAUCUAUCACGCAAGACGCGCUUUUGCCAUUCUUAUAUCGCGAACUCACUUGACUUUAACAGUUGGGGGUGUAAGUAACUACGCUUCGGAACGCCAUACUGCAACGUUUGUGUCCUCCUUGUUGGCGUGGCGGCGUUGGCGUUUGGCUCCGAGUACUGUAUAAUCGCCUUUCCUGCCGCUUGUGCGUCGGCUAUUGCAAUGAGCCAAGCUUCUUUCUGGAGGGACAAGGGAACAGAGUUUUCCCACUUCGCGUCGCGGUGUUGGGACGAGGCAUAUGCAGUGCAAAUUAUAUUACGUCUGGGUGGUCUGGGACGAGAGUGCCACUUGUGGUGCUGCUUUUGAUGGAAGCUUCUCAUGCUGAAGAAAUCGGAAAUUUUGCUUGAACAGCGAAGAGGAAGACGAGGUCAGUUUUGACUACGUGGAGAGCAGGGAAUUAGUGCUUCUGCCGAAUAUUACGCAGCAAGAAGCAAGCACUCAGGAAGCUUGUGAUCAUGCUAGGGCAUACAUCACAGACAGCAUGGGUCAUGCAAAAUGUGCAUGACAAAUCUAAUCUCACACUCUUCCUCCAGACCCGGAUUGUAUAUUUGAAGUUGAUAAGACAAAGCAAGGGGUUGUAACCGUAGCCGCUCAGCACCGUGAACCAGCUACGGGUCCUCGUCCUACGGAAGGCGCCCCGCGAUCAUCCCGUGGUACGCCGAUUUCGCUCCCGCAGUCCCUCCUCUAG